AUGGCAGCAUUGGGGGACGUAAUCAAACAGAUUGUCAAAGAAAAAGGCAUUCUCAAUGAACUAUCUGUUACUCCAACUACAAAAUAUACAUGGAAAAAAGUAAAAUCUUUUAAUGGCUUAGAUACAGACUCAGAUUUGCUCAAAAUUGAUAUUUCAGGCAUUGACAUAUCAACAUUCAGCGGAGCUGUUAUUGAACCAUCGCUUAUCGAUUUUGUUUGUUUAAAUACCCCUCUUUUACAGCAUAAAUACUUAAAUAUUAUGACAUUACUCGCAUUCGGAAAUUCAGUGCAGAAAGUCAAUAAUCACCUGAUUACACCAAAACAGCGCGAUGUUGCAAACUCACUUCGUAAAAAACUCGAAAAAUUUAUCCGAGACGGCUGGAUUCUCCAUGAAAUUAAUCCAGUACGUAUAGUAAACCCAGAAACACGCGCAAGAAGAGUUCUUUAUCUUGAUAUUAAAUAUAACGCUGGUUCAAGUGAGCAAACAAACAAAAAUAUUUCACAAGACGCCGCCUCUGUUCAGGCUCGCUCUAUUGAUAGCAGAUCUGUCAUAUCUGUAUCGAAACUGAGUGAGGCAGCCGAAUCUACAAUUCCAAAAGGUUCACAACCGACACUUCUCGAUGAAGAAUCAACACGUGAAGGAUUACAAGAAAUUUUACAUAUUGCCGUUCUUAAAAGACUCGGACAAUACACAGAGAAUGAUUCUUCUAAGAAGAAAGAUUCUCAAAAGAAGAAAGAAAAAUCUCGAGGACCAUUAUUAAGAAGAUUCUACGAAACGUCAUCAAGCCAUUCACAACAAGAUAACAACAAUGAUAAAGAAGAGGAAAACGAAGGAAAUUACGAAGAAGAAGAGAGAUCUGAUGAAAAUUCACCAGAAAAACUUUCCGAUGAACAAAUUAACUACACGAAUAACGACAGAUCAUCAGAAGUAGAGGUCGAAGAGGAAGAAGAAAAGGCUGAACAAAAAGUUUCAAAUGUCAGUACAAAUAGUAAGAGAGUUUUACUUUCUGAUGACGAAGAUGACGUUCCUAAGAAGAAAGGAAGCAAAUCCAAGGCAAAUAUCUCGGAAGGAGACGAUGAUGCAAUUCUUUCUAGAGCAAGUAAGAGGAGAUCGAUUAUUUCGGAUAGCGACGAUGAAGAGGAAGUCAAACCACAGCCAAAAAAACAGAAAAAGCCUAUUCUUUCCGAUGAAGAUGAAGAUGUCAAGCCAAAGAAGCAGAAGAAGCCAAUUCUCUCUGAUGACGAUGAUGAAGAUGUAAAGCCACAACCAAAGAAACAGAAAACGUCAAUACUUUCCGAUGAAGAUGAAGAAGAAAUCAAACCGCCGCAAAAGAAACAGAGAAAAUCAAUAUUAUCAGACGACGAUGAUGAAGAAGAUAUUAAACCAAAGCAAGUCAAACAGAAGAAGCCAGUUCUUUCAGAUGAUGACGAAGAUGAAGAAAUUCAACCACCAUCGAAGAAGCAGAAAAAGCCACUACUAUCAGAUUCUGAUGAAGAUGUUCCUCCUCAACCUCCAAAGAAGCAGAAAAAGCCAAUUUUGUCAGAUUCUGAUGACGAUGAACUUCCUCCACCAAGGAGGCAGUCAAAACCAGUCAUUUCGGAUGAUGAUGACGAUGACGAGCUUCCGCCAAAGAAAAACCAACGCAAACAGAUAAUUUCAGAUGAUUCCGAAGAAGAAUUACCUCCAAGGAAGAAAAGUUCAAAUAGCAAUAGCUUAGCACAGCGUAAGAAGUCUCCUCCUCCAAUCGAUUCUGACGAAGAAGAAGAGAUUCCGCCUAGAAAGAAACCAGCUCUAAUUAUUUCCGAUGACGAUGAAGAAUUAACCCCGCCCAAGAGAAACCAUAAGAAAAGAUUAUCAUCCGAUGCAGAGAGCCCUAAAAGGAAACAAUCUCCAAGAUUAUCGGACGAUGAUUCGGAUGAAUUAACUAUUCCAAAGAGAACAAGGAAACAGAUUUUAUCUUCCGAUGACGAGUAA